UCCAAGAAAUAGAAUUUCUUUCAAACCAAAAGCAAAAUAAAAUGUCCUCUCCCGUCACGCUUUGUUUUAUCCCUUUAUUUGCAUCUUUGCCAUUGUCGGUGUGCUCCGAUUCCAUUUUCCAUGACCAGUCUUUUUAAGAAUCGGCCACUUGUAUAACACCAUCAGAGGCUCAGAGCCAUUCCCAGCCAGCCGCGUCGUUGCCUUUUACCGACGUGGCAGCAUCGCAAGGCUCACUGCACCGUACUCAUUCCCAUACUAGAUCACAAUCUACGGCGGUCAGUUCAUAUGACGUGUUGACUUCAAGCUUCAUCAUCAUCAUCAUCAAAUUAGAUCGCGGUCGCUCUCUGUCACUCUAAUCUCACUCCGCUUCUUGCUAAACGGGAAGAGACAGACGAGCAAAGGAAAGAAGAAACUAGAGAGCAGAGCCAAUGGAGAGAGAUGUUGAAUAAUGAGCUAUUUUCGCCGAGUCGUUGAAGGAAGCAGGUAAUUGGAUCUCAGACAUAAUCUCUCAAUUUCAGCUGAAUUAGCUUCUUAAUUUGGAUCUUGGGUUCACUUAAUUGACUGCUAGCAGCUAGCUCGAUAGAACCCGGAUCUUGGAAAAAAACCCUGAUUUGAUUUGGUUCUCUGUCUCUGCAAAUUGUCAUCUGGGUUUGCUUCUCAUUUCUCUGUUUCAGCUGAAAUCUGGGAGCUUUUUUGUGGGGAUUGGAGAGAAAGGGCGAAUUAGGGGCUGGACAAUAUGAUGGGUCGCAAUGGAUUGUCGAGGGCUGGAGGUUUCAGGCCAGAGAAUCUAGGGCAGAAUGCGUUAGCUUUGAUUGGCAAUGUCUGCUUCACUUUCUUCGUAUUGAUGGUCUUGAUCUUCACUAUAAUUGCUGCAACGUAUGAACCAGAGGACCCGCUGUUUCACCCAUCAACAAAGAUGUCAAAUUUCCUCACUUCUCAAUCCAAUGCCACGUUUAAGCCUGAUUCCUCAGUUGUAAAGACAGGAGAGGACUUCAUGCUGCCUAACCAGACAGCUUUCAAUACGUUUAUAAACAUCAGCGAUGUUGUGCUCCCGACGAUUGUUGAGGAAGGUGUUGGCAAUGGUAAUGGUGGUGAUGGUGAGGUGGAAGAAAAGACUGAGAGUUGUGAUGGCCCUGUAGACUGCAGGGAUCCCGAGGUCUUCCAUUUGCUAAUGAAGAAGGCAAUAGAGCAGUUUAAAGAUAUACAUUUCUAUAGGUUUGGGAAACCGGUUCGUGGCUCCAAUGAUACCACCUGUGACAUGGCGUGGAGGUUCAGGCCCAAGGAAGGGAAGUCUGCUUCGUUUUAUAAAGAUUACAGGAGAUUCACCAUUGCCAGAUCUGAGAAUUGCACCUAUAGCGUGGCGGGGAUUGGGGAUUACCAUACUGGUGUCAAUGCUAGGAAGAGGAAGAACAAGCUUAAGAAAGCCGGUUUCGAGAAGAAAUCAGCAAAAGAAGACUCGACAUUGUUGCCUGUGGUGGGUGAAACUGUGAACGAUGCACUUCCAGUAGUUGAAUCCGAGAGAGCAUUCAGUCAGGGUAAGUACUUGAUCUACAAUGGUGGGGGUGAUAGAUGCAAGAACAUGAAUCAUUACUUAUGGAGCUUCUUGUGUGCAUUGGGUGAAGCUCAGUACUUGAAUCGAACGCUCGUUAUGGAUCUAACCAUAUGUUUGAACUCCAUCUACACUUCCUCGAAUCAGGAUGAGGAAGGGAAGGAUUUCAGAUUCUACUUCGAUUUCGAGCACCUAACUGAAGCUUCAUCAGUUAUCGACCAGGGUCAGUUUUGGGAGGACUGGGGGAAGUGGCACAAGAAGGACCGGUUAGGACUCCAUCUUGUUGAGGAUCAUAAAGUCACACCCAUGAAACUUGCAGAGGUAUCAGAUUCUGUCAUCAUGAGGAAGUUUGGAUCAGUGGAACCUGACAACUACUGGUACAGAGUCUGCGAGGGAGAAACUGAGUCGGUCAUCCAACGUCCAUGGCACUUGAUAUGGAAAUCGAGAAGGUUAAUGGACAUAGUAUCAGCAAUCUCCUCCAAAUUGAACUGGGAUUAUGACUCGGUCCACAUUGAACGGGGCGAGAAAGCGAGGAACAAAAACCUAUGGCCGAAUCUCGAUGCAGACACUUCCCCUGACGCCCUUCUGUCGACCUUGGCUGAUAAAAUCGAGGAAGGAAGGCAAGUCUACAUUGCUACAAACGAACCGGAAACUUCCUUCUUCGAUCCGUUAAAAGACAAGUACUCAACUCAUUUCCUUGACGAGUACCAAGGCUUUUGGGAUGAGAAAAGUGAGUGGUACUCCGAGACCACGAAGCUCAACCGAGGUAUUCCGGUGGAAUUUGACGGCUACAUGAGGGUAUCCGUCGACACGGAGGUGUUCUUGAGAGGGAAGAAGCAGAUUGAGACAUUCAAUGAUCUCACGAAUGACUGCAAAGAUGGUGUUAACACCUGCAAUGCAGCUGCGAGUUAAGGUUCUAUGUUCUGUUUUCUUUUAACCCCUUCUGUGGUCUCUGUUGUUUGUUCUUCUGAGGAAUUGUUGAUGAGGUAUAUUAAUUAGCAGCAUUACGGUUGUUAAGGUUUUUUGUGAACGGUAGAAACUGUAUGAAGCUUAGCUAGCUGCGUCAGUGUUUUGCUACUGUGGGUUCUUUUACUUGCUUCCUUUCAUUCCUUCUGUCAAUGUAGGCCGAGAAUGUGUUGCUACUACUACUCCUCCAUAGCUUAAACUCUGGUUUCCAAGUUCACUUGAGCAAAAGCUGGCACGUGCUCUUCCAAUGAACUUUUCUACUGAAA